ACCUUCCUGUGCCAGCCCCGGCCGACACUUGGGUCCCCAGCCCGGCUCCCGGCCUGUGUGGGCGCAGGGCGAGUCCCCGGUGAGCGGGGGAGACGCGGCUCCGGGGCGGGAGGGAGGAAAUCGCUGCCCGGAGGAAGCGGCCGCAGGGCCGGGGGAUCGGAGCUGCCCUGUGGCUGGGAGCAGAGAGAUUCCCCGCUCCCAGCCCGCUGGUCCCGUGGCAGCUACAGCCUGCCCCGCUCCCGGGGCUCCCGGCUUAGCGCGCAGGGUCCCCGCGGGAGGCGUCUCUGUUCCAGCCCCUGCUGCGGAGUCUGGCUGCGCUUGGAGCUCGGGGCAUGUCCACACUACAGGGGCACAGGGACGGUGCUGUCCUGGGCACUCCGGAGCAGAGGCGCUUCCUACAGCAGUGGAAGGGACGUCGUUUAGGUACCUCUCCCAGAGGCAGUAGCUCGGCCCAGGGAGGACCUCUCUCCUUGACCUGGCCACAUCUGUUUUGGGCCUAACUGCAGCAGGCAGCAAAGAUCCCUCCCUUUGAUCCCCAUUGCCUGUCACCUUAGCACUUCUUUCACCCAGAUGUUUUGUCUUCAGGACCCCCCCCCCAUGCUGUGCCCACGGGUCUCCUGGCCCUUUUUGCCAUGUCCCGCCAUCAUAUGUCCCUCCAGGCAAGAAGUUCAAACUCACAGAGCGACCUUUGUAACAGCUGUUUAACCCAGCCCUGGUCUCCCCUCUUUUCUGUCCUCAGGGCUGGAUUUCCCAGACCAGCCGUGAGUCCCAGAUGGAGCCAGAGGUAGAGCCGUGCACGCUGGAUCCUCGGUGCUCCAGUGACAGCCACGUCCCUGCAGGCACAGGUAAAGUGUUAAUCAACGAGGCCCAGCUGUUGAAAGCAUGGAACAGGCACAUGUGGUGGAUGAUUAUAAGCACUAGAAGCUGGCGACGAGGUGCAGAGCGGGGACAAGGAGGGGAGUCCUGGCCCGGAGGAUGGGGCGCUGUCAGGCGGGUCCGAGUGGGAGUUGUCCCCCAGCCCCAACCAGGAAUGGCUUCCAAUGACGCUCCCCACUGGCAACUCAGGGAAACCCUACAACUGUGCCGACUGUGGCAAAGCCUUCACCUGGCCCUCGCACCUGGUGCAGCACCGGCGCAUGCACACGGGUGAGCGCCCUUACCGCUGUGCCGACUGCGGCAAAGGCUUCGCCGACAGCUCGUCCUUAGUUAAGCACGGCCGGACCCACACGGGAGAGCGCCCCUACACCUGCUCCCAGUGUGGCAAAGGAUUUGUGGACAGCUCGUCGCUCACCAAGCAUGCCCGUACCCACACAGGUGAGCGCCCCUACUGUUGCCCCAGCUGUGGGCGCAGCUUCGCCGACAGCUCCCGGCUGGCCCAGCACCGACGCACCCAUGCUGGGGAGCGACCUUACCGCUGCCCCGACUGUGGGAGGGCAUUCAGCCGUCGGGCACAUCUGAUUGAGCACCGGUACACCCACACUGGCGAGAAACCCCACCGCUGCCACCAGUGUGGCAAAGGGUUCAGCCAGAGCUCCAACCUGACGCAGCACCAGAAGACCCACCUGGCGGAGAAGCCUUUCAUCUGCCCACAGUGCGGGAAGGGGUUUUGUCUGCACUCCCAGUUGGCCAAGCACCAGCGGCUGCACAGCCCUGACAACCCACACCGCUGUCCCCAGUGCCACAAGGGCUUUGUGGACCGAUCGCCACUCCUCAAGCACCUGAGGAUCCACACCGGGGAGCGGCCCUUCCGGUGCACUGAGUGUGGGAAGACUUUCAGCAUGAGCUCACACCUCACACAGCAUCAGCGAGUCCACACUGGUGAGAAACCCCACCACUGCCACCAAUGCGGCAAGGCAUUUGCCCAGAGCUCCAACCUGACGCAGCACUUGCGCACCCAUACUGGGGAGCGCCCAUACAAGUGCCCCAAAUGUGGCCGGGCCUUCAGUGAUAGCUCCAGCUUCUUGAGGCACCAGCGGCUGCACAGUGGGGAGCGGCCCUACUGCUGCCACCAAUGCGGCAAGGGCUUCGCGGAUGGCAAGGUGCUGCGCAAGCACCAACUGACCCAUAGCGGUGAGCGGCCCUUUGCCUGUGGGCAGUGUGGCCGUACCUUUGCCCAGAGCUCCAACCUGGUGCAACAUCAGGCCAUCCACACCGGGGAGCGGCCCCACCGCUGCCACCAAUGCGGCAAAGGGUUCUGCUUUCCCUCGCAGCUGGCGCAGCACCAGAAGCUCCAUGCCACUAUUAUUGUGGUGGACGAUGGUGAUAACGAACUCCCCUCCCCACCUGCCAACUAAGCCCCUCCAGUCCCAGGCUGCCCUGGGUGGGGAUUGAACCCGGGACUCCUCUGUUGCUUGAGUUACCAGGCCAAGAGGGUGAUACAGACUUGUAAUCCUUUAUCCAGCCACUAGAGAGGGACAGGGAGUAGGUUUAGUGCUAGAGCUGAUCAAGGGACAGAAAGAAAAACAGUUUCACUAAGUCAAUUUGGUUCUGGAACAAGACACUUUUUUUCUUUUAGUCAAAAUUGUUGAUGAUAUUUUCCCCCCAAAAGUCAUGUGACUAUAGGAAAAUCUCAGCUUUUAAAAAAAGUCAUUUUCUGAUCCUCGUGGUUGGGGAGAAAAGCUGGGAAAAUUACUCCAAAUGGCUCAGAAUCAUGACUAAACAGACCCUUACAUUUAUGAUUUUCAACGGCUCAUGAUGUUUUUAAGCCAUGUUUAUUCUGGGGACUGACUCAUGAUUUUUGAAUGCUUAGAGUGGCCAGGCUGGUGGGGUUAAAUUUUGGAGGCAUUUGUGAACCCACUCCAAUCCCAAUGGAGUUGGUGGAAUUUGUUCAUGUGUCUCACAGUUGUGAAGGGUUUAGGAAUCCACCAGAGGCUGAAUUUAUAGCCAGGAUUCUAAGGCUCAGGUGUAAUUCAUUGGUUUAAUGCCUGUGGCCAUGUCUCCCUCUAGUGCACAGCCCUGGCUACUACAACAUCCCACUGCUCACUCACAGCUGAGGGAGUUACCCCUUUAGCUCAGGAUAGCAUGGGAUCAUGCAUUUGGGUUGGGAUUGAGUCUAAUGGAUGAGAGCUGGUCAGGAAAUGAUUUGUUUGUCCCCAUGAAAUUUUUUAAUGAAAACAAGGUUGGGAAAAAUGCGUUUCCUUGAAAUUUUUCAUCUAAAUGUUUGUGGAAAACGUUCAGGGUUUUUGUCAACAAACCUAAAGGUGAGAAAAUUUGGGUUCAUAGAAUAUCAGGGUUGGAAGGGACCUCAGGAGGUCAUCUAGUCCAACCCCCUUCUCAAAGCAGGACCAAUCCCCAAUUUUUGCCCCCGAUUCCUAAAUGGUCCCCUCAAGGAUUGAACUCACAAGCCUGGGUUUAGCAGGCCAAUGCUCAAACCACUGAGCUAUCCCUCCCCCUCAAAACCCAAACAGUUUCCAGGUAUUUUUCAAUGAACCCACCAACUUUUCCAUGGAAUGGAAAUUUCUAGGGGGAAAAAAAAAUCUGUUUUGUCCAAAAAAAAAAGGGGGGGGGUGGAGGUGGGGGUGGGGAUGGGACAGACCAACAUUUGAUCGGCUUUGGAAGAGAGUCAUGUGCCCAAAUUCCUUCAGAUCCUGUAACAAUCACCUUUGGGGACUGAGACCCCAUGGGUUGGAUAUACAAGAAUAAACACCACAUCACAAUG